CACUCUUGUUGACGCGAUCCUCUUGCGCAUGCGUACACACAUCAAAACAUCGAGUGAAAAGGGGUGACCGCGCCUGGGGAUAAUUUAAUAAAACAAUGCCUUAUCGGGCGUGCGGUGUCUUCAGUUUAAUCUCAGUGUGACAGCUCGGUGAGUGAUCAGAGGAUGGACAACGUUACCGUGUCAGCCUCAGGUGGGACAGCAGAGGAUAUGGAGGGGAUCUGUGUAAUGCCGGAUUUGAGUGCCAUCAAGACUGAGCAGUCGAUGGGUGCAAGUCCAGAUGACACAGGCACCCAGAAUGUUGCCAUGGGCAUCAAAUUCAUCCUCCCCAACCGCUUUGACAUGAAUGUUUGCUCAAGGUUUGUCAAAUCGCUAAACGAGGAGGACAGCAAGAACAUCCAGGACCAGGUCAACUCUGAUCUGGAGGUGGCUUCUGUUUUAUUUAAAGCUGAGUGCAACAUCCAGACCUCACCUUCCCCAGGUAUACAAGUGCGCCAUGUUUACACGCCCUCCACCACCAAACAUUUCUCCCCCAUCAAACAGUCCACAACCCUCACCAAUAAACACCGUGGCAACGAGGUUUCUUCCACACCUCUUUUGGUGCAUUCUUUGUCCAUUCAUCAGCUUGCAGCCCAGGGUGAAAUGGUGUUCCUGGCCAGCAGGAUUGAACAAGAGACUGUAAUCAAUCUCCAAGAUGAGGAAGGCUUUACCCCCCUGAUGUGGGCGGCUGCACACGGACAAAUUGCUGUUGUUGAGUUUCUCCUCCAAAAUGGUGCUGACCCCAACCUCCUGGCCAAAGGGAGGGAAAGUGCAUUGUCUUUGGCCUGCAGCAAGGGAUACACAGAUAUUGUGAAGAUGCUUAUUGAUUGUGGUGUAGAUGUCAAUGAAUAUGACUGGAAUGGAGGAGCCCCUCUGCUAUAUGCUGUCCAUGGGAACCAUGUGCGCUGUGUUGAAAUUUUGUUAGAGAGUGGUGCUGACCCCACUAUUGAGUCAGAUUCUGGAUUCAAUGCAAUGGACAUGGCUGUGGCUAUGGGCCACCGGAAUGUUCAACAGGUGAUGGAGGCACAUCUACUGAAGUUACUGAUGGGAAUCAGAGAGUGAACUGUGACACUUGAGGAAAACAAAUACGGAAGGGACGACGCUGGGCUCUGGACAAUCAUGUAGCACGCCCAGGCUGCCUGCCAACAGUAAUAUAUUAGUUCAUUAAGUGACAUUUCAACAUCAUGUCAACAGCGUCUUGUUGGCACGAUGCACGUGACGUUUAUAUGCUACGAAUUUACAAUUUUAACCAUCUUUCAAAAACUGUUUUACAUUACGUUUCAUAUUGAAUGCAGAGUUGCAAAUCUGAUCCGGAGACACUGAAAGAUUUUCAUGCUGCCAAAUGGAGUGCAGUGUAAGAUUGAUUUUGGUUUAACCGAGCAUGGAGGUUUUGAGUCUUUUAAUAUUGUAUAUUACAUUACAUGCCAUCAGUGGCCAUUCCAUACUUUCCCCAUCAUGGCAAGUGUUUUUUAAAUAUAACUUAUUAACCUUGAUCAAAAAAGAUUUUAAAAGUAAAGGAAUAUUCGUGUAAUACAAAUUGCCUCAUGUUCAUACUGUCAGGUCUUCACAGUGAGCACAUUUCUGAGUCUCAUUUUGCUCUCAUGAGGACCACUGCACAGUGGGUGGACUGAAAAUAGGCUCAUAUAGACUGGAAUGCACACGGUUACAGACUGUGUUUUUAUAACGCUGCCAUAUUGUUUGUUGAUCCUGAAGAUCUUUGUGUUGGUUGUUCCGAGUUUAUUUAUUUGAAUACUUUAGACGUUGUGUUGUAAUGUGAUAAAACUCUCAUAUUGA